UCAUAGCUCUACGAGUUCGUUCAGAAAAAUGGAAAAUCGAUUCUCUUCACUGUGAUUUCUCUCAUCCAUCGUCCAACUGGAUGGAGAAGACGACGGUGAAGCUGUCGGUGUUGGCAAAAUCUCAACGGAUUCCUACAUUCGCUUCUUCCCUCAAUCCGAAGUCGGGGAACCAAUCGCCGGAAUUGGAUCUUCGGCAGACGUUAAGUUCACGGAGGGAUUCUCGGCGGAGGAUCCGAAAUCUUUCGUUGAUUAAGAGGAAAUUGGCGCCGUCCGGGCCGAGGAGUCGGCCGCAGACUCCGCUUCUGAAGUGGAAGGUCGAGGUGAGAGUCGAUGGUGAAGGUGAGGGAGACGAGGACGAGAAGAAGUCGGAAUCGGAGAACGGAGGGAAAGAUCUCCGGCGGAUGAGUCGGGAAAGAGACGUGAAUGUAUCGGCAAGGAAGCUCGCUGCUGGUUUUUGGCGGUUUCAGAAGCCGGAGGUGAGCGCUGAUGGAGGAAGGAGAGGUUUGAGACGAACGCUGGAGCAGGGGAUCGGUUUUCAGCCAGUUGCUGGCCAUGUUCGAGUUCCAAUUCUCCGCCAUCAUAACAACAACAUAUUAAGUAAUGAAACAAGGGAUCUGUUACAGAGCCAACCAUCAACUUCUGGUAUGAGAAAUGGCGUUCUGUGCAAGCUUGAGCCGUUCUUUCAAUUCUCCAACUCAGUUAUGGAGGGGGCAACUAAAUGGGACCCUAUCGGCUCGAAAAUUUCAGAUGAAAGGGGCCAUAUUUACAAUCAAACCGAGCUUCUUGACCAACAAAUGAGCCUGGUUUCGGUUAUAUGUGCACUUCAAGCUGAACUAAAGCAGGCACAGGUACACAUUUUGGAACUCGAAACUGAACGCCAUGUAUCGAAAAAGAAGCUCGAGAGCUUCUUGAGAAAGGUUGAUAAGGAGAAGACUGCAUGGCGUAUGAGGGAGCAUGAUAAAAUCCGUGUAUUCAUGGAAAGUAUCAGAACUGAGUUGAACUAUGAAAGAAAAAACCGAAGAGGAGCAGAACAUUUCAAUUCAAAGCUGGUUCAUGAGCUAGCUGAUGCCAAGUCUUUGGUGAAGCAGUUGAUGCGGGACUAUGAAGAAGAAAGAAAGGAAAGGGUGUUGAUUGAACAAGUGUGUGAAGAGCUUGCUAAAGAGAUUGGAGACGACAAGGCGGAAAUCGAGGCGUCAAAGAGAGAAUCUGCGAAACUUAGAGAGGAAGCAGAAGAAGAGAGAAAGAUGUUGCAGUUGGCAGAAGUAUGGCGUGAAGAGCGCGUUCAAAUGAAGCUGGUCGACGCCAAGGUGGCUGUAGAAGAGAAGUACUCUCAAAUGAAUAGGCUUGUUUCAGAUCUUGAAAACUUCCUAAGAUCAAGGGGAGCAAUCUCAGAUAUUAAGGAGAUGAGAGAAGCUAUAUUACUAGGACAGGCUGCUUCUGCAGUGAACAUUCAAGACAUAAAGCAGUUAUCUUACCAACCUUCUAAGCCAGAUGAUAUUUUCUCCAUCCUUGAAGGAGUUAACUUUGAUGAAAACCAAGAAAAGGAGGUUAACCCAUAUGGUUCUUACAGUCCAGCUACCGAGAUCCCGAAAGCUGGAACAACGAGCCCCGACUUAACUGUGGAUGCAGCUAAACGGGUGGAUGGCACCCUGAUGGCCUCACAUGCGUGUAUUGAUCAGAAUGGCGACAUAGACGACGAGAGUGGAUGGGAAACGGUGAGCCAAGUUGAGGAUCAGGACUCGAGUUAUUCACUGGAAGGAUGCACAAUACCACCUGCUGCUAAUAAGAAUUGCAAAAAGAGUAGCAUCUCAGGCUCAGGGAGUGGAACAGACUGGGAAACAACAAUCAACAUCAGUGAAGUCUAUUCAGAACUUGUAAAGAAAUCAAAGAAAGUAUCAAACUUAACAAAGAGGCUAUGGAAAUCCGGCCAUAAUAACGGUCGGGGGGACAUCAAGACGAUACCAGUAAAGGAGUCGAAUGGGAUAGCAUCAUCACCAGAAGCAGAAUCAGGCAAUGGCGGGUCUAGUCCAGAUUUUAUUGGUCGGUGGAGUUCCUUCGACUUAAGUGACGCUCGAAUAGCUCGACAGAGGAAAGUCCAGAUUAAUGUGAAAGAAAGUCAGAAACUGCAGCUAAGGCAUGCCCUUAAACAGAAGAUAUAGAGGCAGUGAGUGAUUGCUUCCUGAGAUUUGUUCAUGCCUCUAUUUUCUCCAGAUGUAUCAAAUAUUUCACUUAUCAAUCGAUUAAUAGCCUUCCAAACA